AUGUCAUCUGAAAACUUUGACCAAAUUGUCAGACUGUCUACUCUAUUAAAUUGCAACUACGAGCUUUCAAUUGAGGUGGCUGAGAUCGACAAUAGAAUCUCAACUAACACCAGACACUUGAAAUACAAUAGACAUCUCGAUGAUUUGAAUAGAAGGGCAUCUGUUUUGAAUAGUAAUAUCAAACAGCUUCAAGAAAGAUCUUCUGAUCUCUCAAAUUCUAUCCAAAGAAGACGUACAAGUCUCAUUAAGAGAAGACGUCAUUUGUGUGCUCUUCAGGAAGCUGAAAAUAGUCAAAGUAUACCCAAGGACACUCCCUCACAAAAAAUCAAUCACCUGUCACCAAAAGCUGCCCGUUCUCAUCUCCUCAACCACCUCAUCUCACUUUUUCCUAUCUUGAAUACCGACGACUCUUUCACUUUCUCAAUCUUAGGGCUUGAAUUAGAGAACCCUAAUCCCAUAAUAUCCAGUUCUGCAUUAGGUUACACUUCUUUGCUUACUCAAAUCCUCAGUAGCUACCUCAACAUCCACCUCCCCUACCAAAUCGUGUAUAAAGGCAGCCACUCCUACAUUAUAGACAGUAUAUCCAACAUAAGAGGCAACAACUCUUUCCCACUCCACUAUAACCUCAAAAAUGAUCAUCGAUAUAGACUCGAAUAUGCUAUAUACCUAUUCAACAAGAAUAUUCAAGUUGUGCCUCAUGCUAUCUUACGACCUACCACUACCCGAACUAGGUCACAUACUCGCUAA